AUGAAGAUUUCCACCAGAGCAACUAGACGGACCAGUUCGCGGCUGCACUUGAGCAACGUCACGACUUCUGACAGCGGUGUUUAUCGAUGCAGAGCGCGGGUGAAAGGUUACUCUGACGUUGCCGAGGCAGAAGUAAUUGUUCGCAAAAGUGCGAAAUUCGACGAGCAAAAGAAGAAGGAGAACAACAACAGCAAUCCUCCAGAGACCACAAGUGCAGAGAGAGGCCACUCCUCGUUAUUAUUAGCAGAGAGUACAACCCCGAAUUCUCAUUUCGAAUUUCAACUCUCCACGGCCGAUCGAACGCCUGACCGACCCUUCCAUCCCAUUUCCAGCGAUUGCACAAGCCAUCUUUUAAUUGAUGGAUUGGUCUACUUGCAGCGGGAUUAG